UCUUAUGCCUCCAAGUUCAACCUCCAAGAUCAAUCUUUACAACCAUGGCAGGAGGUCAGUGGGUUUGGUGAAAAUUGAUUUAAGAGCUUUGUUCCUCAAAACAAAUCUAAUGGAUGAAAUAUUUUACAGUGAAUUAGAAAUGUUACGGUUGAACUUAAGGUACCUCCAAUGAGUUACGUAGGUAUUUUAAGGUGUAGCACGCCUCUGACAUUCAGGUGAAACUUGUUCUUGGUGAAACGUCAAGCCGAACAUCAGACGUUCUUUUCUUUUAUUGGAAAUGUGAAGUAUAAAGUAGAUUUACAGUAGAUUCAUGUCGAUGGAUUGGCACUGAUAUGCAGGAACCUCUCAGCAUGUGAGGAAAACCAGAUAUGCGUUGGGUUGGUAUCUAAUAGAUGUUUUUGCAUUUAAAGGAGAUUUCUGGUUACUUGCAAGGUUACUCAAGUGCCUGGUGUGUGUUCUUUCUGCUUGAGCAUGAUGAGGAUCAAAGCAGCUCUUCCCAAAUAUGAGCUCUAUUUUUAUUAUGUGGUGCUGUCCGUGGCAAUGCUCUGGGCUGCCAGUUGGAUUUUUGAGGUGUCCAGCUCCAAUGAAAACCGAAAGUCUUUCAGGUCCAACAUCCAGCCCGGAUGGUACUACUUUGGCAGAAAAAUGGACGUGGCUGAUUCUGAGUGGAUGAUGUGGUUCUCUACGUUCCGCGUGCACAUCGUCUUUGCUUUGUCUGGCCAUGUUUUAUUCGCCAAGAUCUGCUCAAUGUUGGCUCCUCAGUACCGGUCUCUGGUCUUCAUGGUGUACGGUCUUCUUGCCGUUCUCACGUGUAUGGGCUGGACCUAUGUGAUGCUCAUCCUCUCACACUGCGUGCUGCUCUACAGCAUCUCACUAGUCAAACUCCGCUGGCUCUGUUUUACCGCCGGACUCAUCACGCUCGCCACUUUUAAGAUGGACCCAUUUGUUUCCUGGCAGGCUGGGUUUGUGAGCGGAGACUUUGCCCUGCGCUCGGUGCUCUUUUAUGGUGGCUGCGGCUUCACCAUCAUGCGCUGCAUGAGCUUUGCUCUGGAGAACUGUGAAAGGAAAGAGGGUCACUACAGCAUCCUGGAGCUGCUCAAGUACAACUUCUACCUCCCCUUCUUCUACUUCGGACCCAUCAUGACCUUCGAUAAGUUCCAUAUCCAGGCUAAUAAUCCAGACCUGAGCCGUAAAGAGUGGGAGUUGUGGAACAUUUCCAUCCAGGCUUUAUUACACUUAGGAGCUAUUAUAAUGGUGGCCAUCAUCUUUCACUUCAUGUAUAUUCUGACCCUUCCUAAUGAUAUGAAGCUGCUGAAACAUCUCUCAGACUGGGCUAUAGCGGGUCUGGCGUAUAUGAAUUUGGUAUAUGACUGGGUGAAGGCUGCGGUGAUGUUUGGCGUUAUAAACACUGUGUCUAGACUGGACCACCUAGAUCCUCCCAAACCUCCAAAAUGCAUCACAAUGCUUUACGUCUUCUCUGAAACGCACUUUGACCGAGGAAUCAAUGAGUGGCUUUGCAAGUAUGUGUAUAAUUACCUCGGCGGUAAACAUGAAGAUUUGCUGGAUGAGUUGAUCGCUUCACUCUGCACGUAUGCCAUCGCGGCGCUGUGGCUCGGGCCUGGCUGGGUCAUCUUCAUCUGGGCUUUCUUCAACUGUUUCGGCCUCAACCUUGAGCUGUGGAUGGCCAAGUUCUUCUCGAUGGAGCCCUUCUUUACCAUUGAGACGGCGAUGUCUGAAUCUAUGUCUCGCAGAAUUAGAGCAGUGUUUAAUGCCUUCAACUUCUGGUGUAUUGUUCUGUACAACCUCCUAAUCCUCAACAGUCUUGACUUUGUGAAGCUUGUUGCCAAGAGAUUACUUUUGAAAGGUUUCCCCUUAACCACCAUCACCGUGAUGUUUGUGACCUAUUGCCUGGUGCAGGUUAUAAAAGAGAGAGAGAGGAAGCAGGCUCUGAUUGAUGAUCCUGAUCCUGUACCUCAUCCUGCCCCUGUGCCAACUCCAACCACCAUCACGCCCCAAACUGAGGCCUCAGCCACUGCUGUGGAUCCCAACAAAGAAAAAUCAGAGUAGGAUGACAAAAAAAACCCCAACAACAAUACAGAAUUACACAUCUUUAUUUGAAGAUUGCAGAUUGAUAGAUUGUAUUUAAAGGGUAUAUAAACUCUAGCUUGGUCUAUGAAAUAAAAAAAAACUGAAACAAUA